AUGAUUUCUGAGGAUUUAAUCAUUUCUACACUGAGACAGACAACAACAGCCCAAGUUUCAGAAGCAGAAGAGAAUUUGAAGCAAAUGAGAGGAUCAUCAGACUUUUUUGAUAAAAUAAUCUCGAUUAUUACUUCAAAUCAAAAUGAUGUUAUUAAACAAGCAGCAACAACACAACUACGUUUACUCCUUCAUGAAAAUGAAGAGCUUAUGCAACAAUUUUCUCUUGAAUCCAUUUCAGAGAUUUUUAAUAAUUCUUCACAAGUCGUUCAGAGCACAUUUCUCUUCAUUGUUGAUGAAAUAUUAUCAUAUUUUAUUAAACACGCUAUGUUUGAACAAGUUUUACAGUUCAUAAUUUCGAGUAUUCAAUCUGGCCUCUUAUCUGGUUUCAUGAUACUUGAUGAAUUAACGAAAUUAGAAAUAAAUGAACACGAGUAUUACGAUCAGAUCGUUCCUGCACUCAAUUUGGCAAUUGAAUUCAUAACUUCACAGGAUAUUACAGAAUAUACUAAUUUUCAGCAGAUAGUUACAUGCGUCAUGCGUUCAUUUAAGCAGUUAGUCGUUAAAAGUUCAAUAGAUGCAGUAUCUGAGGAAAUAAUUUCAACAAUUUACACAAUUUCAGCAGGAUUACUUACAUCUGAAGCCGAACUUUCAAACGAUUUGUAUGAAUCAUUAACAGAUGCAAUCCUUGCCCCUCUAACAGUUAAAGAAGGAACAGAAAUCACUACAGAUUUCAUUUCUCCAAUUGUAGAGCCAAUUCUUAAUAUUUUGACCGAAAGAACAGCAUCGUAUCCUGCUAUGACAUAUGCUUUCAACAUUUUGGAGAUUUUUCUUACAUAUGAUAUUCCAUAUUCCGUUAUUGAGCCAAUGAUCGACCAUAUCAUCCUCCAAAUAUUUAUUCCAACAUUUCUGCCUCCAGCCGAUGUAUCAAAUCUCGAUGUUACCCAACUUUUAGACUUAAUUUUUCCAUCACCCCAAGAAAAGGAGUCCCCAGCCUCUGCUGCAGCGACUGCAUUAUCCGCUGGAGGACACAGAAUCGCCAGUUCCGUUUUGAGCGUUGCUUCUCAACUUGAGUACUCAGAUUCGAACAUUGUUUACUCAAUUAUGUUCAUUCUCUCGAAAGUAGCCUCAUUUUUCUCAGAAGGUGAUUCAGAGAACAUUUCCUUCAUCCAAAACUUGGCAUUUGAAUGUCUUUCCUCAACAGAUUUGAUGCCUUUCUUAGCGGGAGUUGUUUUCUUCACUGGCUACAAAAACAUCGAAAUUGCCGGCCAACUGGUUGUUCCUUUAUCCAAUGUAUUCCUCGAAACAGACAAUGACAUUGUUGCCUACAUAACACUUUGUUCUCUUUGUAAUACAUUGAGUGUUUUCGAAGAUUUCGAAGUUUCAGAAUCAAAAUCAGAAAUUUUCGAAAACAUUGGGGAAUCGAUCAACCAAAUUAUCCAAAAAGUGUUCGAAAUGAACGAGAAAUACCCAACGCAAUGGAUGGCCGACAGUCUUGUUAAUUUCACCAACUUCUUCGCUCCUGCUCUUCAAAGUUUUUCAAUUGAAUACACGACGAAUUUGAUACAAAUGUUCAAACAAUAUAUUGACGAAGAUUCCGCGGAAGCACAUGUUUCUGUUUCGACAAUAACAAGGGCUAUUGAUAAAGUAGCCAAAUCACAAGAGAAGAAUGAAGAAACAGCAAACCAAAUCGUUUCAUUGCUCAUGCAACAAGUCAAUGAAAUGCUCUAUGAAUCAAAUUGUAGUUCGAAUUACGCUGAAGAAAUAAUUUCUAUUUUGUGUACUUGUAUUUCAUAUUCUCCAGCGUUUAAUGAAGAAUUGAUGCAGAUUCCGUCAAUGCUACAGAAGUUCUUUGAAGAUGAUGAUGCGUUGAUCGAAUCAAUCUCUCCUGCAAUCAAAGUUUUGGCUUUGAAAUUCCCUGAUUCUUUCGAAAUAAAAGAAGUGACAAAUCCAAUUUACGAAAUUGCCACUUCACUUUUGGCUGAUGAAGAAGAGUUUUGCGACAAUUACUGGGAGUAUUUAAUAAUAGUGUUCCAAGCAAUAUUUGUUAGAUGCUGCCAUUCUUCUUUCGCUUUGGAAUUCAUUGGAGAAAUUAGCGAAAAUUUGGCUGAUUGGGAUUUGCAAAUCCACGACAUAGUUGCAAGUAUGGCAACAACUGAUCCAUCGAUAUUAGUCAAAUACCCAACAUUCUACACGUUUUGGAUAGAAAAUACUCGUCCUGCAGCAUUUUUAAGAUCUGCAAUUUCUGUUUUCAAAAACUUUGAAAAUUUGCCACAAUUAGCUGGAAAAAGAGAUGAAAUUCUUGAGAUUUGCUUCAGAAAUAUUGAAGUUCUCAAGGAAAACAUGUCAAAUGAUGAUGAAAUGGAGAUGGAUGAAGAAGACUUAUCCUUCUUUGAUGUGAACGAACUUUGCAACUAUCCUUUGUUUAAGAAAUAA